AUGUCAGUGGGGAAUGGAUAUACAGUGCGAUAUCCAUAUGAAUUGAUAUAUGAAAUAAGUGUAAUAAGUAAUGCAUAUGUAGAAUGGAGCGUGUGUCAAGAAAGUUAUGCGAGGCGUGUAGAAUGGAGCGAAGACCGUUGUCAGCAAUAUUACUACAUUGGUACCACAAUGAUGGAAUCAAUAGUAUGUGAGAGGUGUAUAUGCGACGGAUAUGUGAAUAAGCUCCACAUACAUAGUAAGAACUUAGCAAAGUGUGUGUACUGCGAAAGACGAAUAGCAUCGAAUACUAUACGUAAGUGUGACAACAUUCCGCUGGGAGGCAAGCAUCUGUAUUGCAGCCGAAGAAAGAAAAUGGGAAAGUUAGGAGGAAAAGGAGAUCGGGUGUGGCGGUAAGUGAAGGAAAAACAAAUGUGUGGAUAAGUUGAGAGAAUAAUGAGUGUAAGGUCGUAGAAGCAAGACAGAUAGCUAAAAAAUUCAAAUAUCGGUCAUUUGAGAGAAAUUACAGUGAAAAAC